GAGACUUCGCAGACACACAUAAAGCAGAGUCCAGCGGCCCCUCUCAGCUGGUUCGUGGAUCAUGGAUGCCAAUGUUGUUGUGAUGGGAUCUGAAAGCGUCGGCAAAUCAGGUAAAAAAAGAAAAAUCCUGACAGAUUUCACUCACAUGCAUCAAACUUUUUGUUGCUUAUGGUAGAUUAUGUUUUUCAGCUCUGACUGUGCGCCUCUUAACUCGGAGAUUCAUCGGAGAGUAUGGAGAUAUCGGUAAGAGAGUUUUGCAAACAUUGAUUGUACGAUUCAAAUCAAUAACCCUCCACGAAUUCAACAACAACAACAACUUGCCUUUGGUUUUGCAGAAUCUAUCUACAGUCACAACUUUGAGACGGACGGGAGAGACAUCACGCUUAAUAUUUGGGAUAUUUAUGAGGUAUGGAAAAUACCAGAGUAGACUAUAACUUACUGAGUCUUCAUUAUUAGAAGAGAAAAGAUAGAAAACUAAUAACUUAAAUUAAUACUUUAAAAAGUUUAAUCAAAAUCUAAGCUUUUCUUUUUAGCCUUUUAAUGCCUGAAACCACAAAUUAUGGCCAGAAAAUUCUUUUUUUUUGGAGCUGAAAUGUUUAUUUCACUUACUACUGAAAACCAAAAAACAUCAAAAUGUCCUUAAAAUUUAAUAAAUAUAUUUAUUUAUCUCGUUUGAUACAUUAGAUGUUUUUGGAAACUGAUAAACCACAAGAGGAUAUUUUUAUCAUUUAUCGGACUGUGUGUAAGGUGUUUUUUUUGUAUUGAUUUGAUAGAAGCAUCAUUAAAGUAUGUAUAAAAUAUGAUACAAAAAGCAUUAAAGGGUUAACAACAUUAUAAGUUUAAAAACUUUCUGAAAUAUGACAUAAGCUCGAGACCCCCCAGACUUAAAUAUUAUUUUUACAGGCCUGAUAAGAUACUGAAUCUGUAUUUUGUUACUUUUUUCGGCAGGAUUUGUCAGUGGAGACGUCCCUCUCUGAGAAGAAGAUCCAGUGGGCAGAUGGCUUCAUUCUUGUGUACAGCAUCUGUGACAGAGCCAGUUUCAACAUCGUCAGCAAGCUCAUUCAAACCAUCAAAUCCACCAAAGACUACCUGAACACAGACAAAGUGCCUAUAGUGAUUGUGGGUAACAAAAGGGACCUGCACCACAGGAGGACAGUAUCCAGUGAGGAGGGCCGGCUGCUCGCCCUCAAAGCAGACUGCCUUUUCUACGAGGUGUCAGCAGCAGAGAACUACCACAGUGUCCUCAUGGUGUUUCAUGGGCUGGUGGACAGGAUAAAGGACACCAAGCUGGCCCUGAAGAGGCCUUCAGGGUUCAAAGGAAUAGUAAAGAGCAUGUCUGCAGUGUUUGCCAGGAGACGCACUGACUCCUUUUAGCAACACAAAGACAGAGGAGGAAGUUUUCUGUGAACUUGCACAAGACUGGAUGGAUAUCACAGUCUGCCAAACGUGUCACAUAGCACUUAGUUAAGAGUCUCGGACUUUAAAGGAAAGUCUGCAAGGACUCCGAGGAAUAGCAAAGCCAUGCAGCUUCAGGAAACACUGUAGAGUUUAUUUUGACAGUUUAAACUUAGUUACAGUGCAAACAAAACUGGUGAGAUGUUCAGUUUUAUUUUGAAUUUAUAAACCAAUUAUUAACCUCUGUGAGCAACAAGGUAUGCACUUUGCAGCUUUAAACACCAGCCAUGGCUUCAUAUUGGAGGAAAAUCUUUGCACAAAGUAAAUGUGCCUUUAUUAAAGAAGAUAACCAAAGAAAAUUUUCAAAAUUCAAGCUCUUAAUUUUACAAGUGAAACUUUUUUUAAAUGUGGGACAAAUGCUUUGCCUAAGUCUGCAAUCAAGCCUUUCAAGUAAAACAUGUAUAUUUGUAUUUAUUCAAGUUCAAACACUGUACAGCGGAGUGGUUUCUAUAUUUAUGAACUGUUUAUGAAUAGAUAAUGGGGUCUUAAAAUGAAGUUUGUGUAAAUCUUGUAUUGUGUCUUAAAUAAUAAAGCAUAAAACAUGCACA